AUGGCUAGAUGGAUUUGGAUAACAUUUUAUGUAGGUUACGAGGAAACCUUCUCAAUAUCACAGCUGUCGCCAAAAUCAGUGGCCAACGAGAGACUACAUCCAGACGUACUACUACAAACCAGUCAUGUAGGAAAUAUAGCGUUUAGUAUAGAACCUAGUAUUAGAUAUGACGACAUCGAACUCAAACCAGAAGACUUGAUCUCUGAUGUAGAAAUAGAAAACCAUGUAAUAGUAGAGCGGUCAGUAGAGCCUUAUCGAGGCUCUCGAUCUAUCAAUAUCGAUGAAAUACCCUUAUCGAAUAACAACGAAAUCGACAACGAACUAGAAUUACAUAAUAAGAGAAAAUACUACGAAAUAGUGCCAACGAAAACAUUUGAUUAUUUAAGUAAUGAUGAAGCUAUGUUGAUGUCAACUGGAUUCGGUGACAAGCUGGACUUUAAGUUUCCGGGGGAAGGGAAAAGGGCUCCGAAGGGGCGUGCACUAGCACCUGCGGGGCCCAAAAUCCGGCCUACCGCAGUGCAUCCACCGACCUUCGCGACCACAACCCUUAGAGAUCAUGGACGUCAGAAUACAGAAAUCCAAAAUAUUAUAACUGGUAUAGUUAAGCUACUAAAUGGGAAUGUUAAUGUACAAGCUAAUACACAGCUCUUGAAUGGUAGGCCUCGUCCUAUGGCAUCAAGAAUAAAUAACAGAGGCCCUCCACGCAUAACUGAGCUUCCCUCAUUAUCAGAUUAUGAGAAACCUAUCACACCACCGCCGUUGGCUUUUCACCCUACAAAAAUACCUCCACCCUACCCUUUCGACAGACCUCAUGGUGUCAAUUUACCUGAGCAAAUUGUUCCAACCAUGAAUAAUCGACCGGGAUUCCAUCGUCCUAUCCCACCCUGGCAACGACCAAGGCCCAGGCCAAAUCCAAAUCGUAGGCCGAACCCAGGACUACCUGUAUACAAACCCACCCUAAUACCACCACCAGAUAUUCCCGAUGUAGAAAAAGAUGAAGUUGUAGUCAACGAAAACGAAACUCAUUCAGAGAACAAUAUACACCAUGAUGAAGUUAUACCUUUUAUCACUCUUCCUGAAUCUACAACUGAGGUUAAAAAUGUUACGGAAGAUAUCGAAAAAGAUGUUUCAAUAACAACUGAAAUGACAACCACAACCACAACCGAAGCAACAACGCCUAAGACGACAACCACAAAUAAACCAGAAGCAACCACAAAUAAACCAGAAGUAACCACAGAAAUGACAACAGAAAAACCCACAACACAGAAGACAACAACGGAAAAAUCUAAAACCGAUAAACCGCUGAAACCAGAAAAAGAUAAGAAAAAAGAUAAUAAUUCAGAAAAAGAUAAAUAUAAAGUGGAUAUGAUAGAUAAUAUGAAAAUUGACACGCCUAUUAUAGAAAUUGAGCCGUCCAUAGUCGACAUAUCUCCUUCAACAGUGUUCAUGAGUGCACCAACCCCUACCGAAGGCUUGGUGACUCAUAGGCCCGUUAUUGAGGAGACCUCCACUGCAAAAGAUAUAGAAACAUCAUCAAUUAAUAUACAGCCUUUACAAACAUCCCAAACUUUACCCCAUCAGCCAUACCGCCCUCGUCCCGGGAUAGUUCUAGACGAUACUGACUUCAAACCCCACGGGACAAGGUACCGACCUGAUGCACCAAUAAUUACAGCGGCAGAGACAAGAUUGCCCGGGUAUGGGGAGAUAUUCGAUGUAACAGUCUCUGCUAUUCAAGGUCCAGGAGAAAAAGGUUCUUCUGUCCACAUAGAAAACGUGAACAUACACAACGAACACGACAUAAUAGUCACCGCAUCUGGUGACCACGGGUUCGUAUCGAUUGAUGGGAAGAGGACGUAUCUCAAUCUAUUCGACACAUCAACUUCUGUGCAAAUUCCAAGCAUCACGCCUACUAGAGUGCAAAAUACACCAAAGCAAACUGCGCCACCCUCUAUAGCAGCCAUAGGCACAGGGGUGGCUAUACCGGCAGAUGACGUAUCUCCCCCGCCGAGGCGACACCAAGCCCACAGACCACACCAGUCGUAUAGGCGCCCACAGCCCACUGUUCGAAUCGAUACGUGCAUUGUGGGAGAUGACUCUACUUGCGAUCAAGCUCAGAACGAGAUAUGUAGAACGGAAGCAGGCAUAUCUAGCUGUCAAUGCCGGCCCGGGUACGCUCGAGGCGUCCAUAGAGAUCCGUGCCGUAAAGUGGUAUCACUCGUACUCAACCUAAAGGUCGAUAAGAUAUACGAUAGAAAGUUGGCGUGGGAUUCCAAGUUUUUAGACAAGGAGUCUGAUCCGUACCAACAAUUGAGCUAUGAAGCUGUCAGAGCUAUCGACUCGGCAUUUUCAAUGACGCCAUUUUCUGACGACUUCGUGGCGGGUUCCGUGAAUUCUAUACACAAUGGAGACGACGAACAUCGCGGGGUGUACGUCAAUUAUACUAUAUUGCUGCAGGACACUGCGGAGACGUCCCGCGCGGCCGCCGCGCCUGAGCUGCAGCGCGCGGUCGCAGGCGUGCUGCGCCGCCGCGCCGGCAACCUCGGCGCGUCCGCGCUCUGGGCCGCGCCCGCCGGCGUCAUGCCACCCACAGAUUUGGACGAAUGUUCAUCUCGUGAACUAAACGACUGUCACGCUUUAGCUACUUGCACUAAUAAUUGGGGCGCUUUUAAGUGUACGUGCCCAGAUACCACACUAGACGAGGCUAUACACGUGAUGUUCUCCGGGCGACGCUGUGUAGCGUGCGCGGCCUCGCACUGCAGCGAGCGCGGCCAGUGCCGCUACGCGCAGGGACGCCCCUACUGCGUCUGCGCAUCUGGUUAUUACGGGUCGACGUGCGAGGUGGACGGUGAGGUGGUGGGCGUGGCCGUGGGCGCCUGCCUUGCUGCUGCGCUCGUCAUCGGACUCACGCUCGCCGCCCUCAUGUCCUGGAGUCGUAAAUGGUCCCGCGAGCAAAAAGCCGUGGGCAUGGGGUCGCCUGUGUUCAACUACAUGGCGUCUAACACCAUAAAGACCCCUCCAGUAGGACAGCCUCCAUACCAGGUGACACUAGAGGAGAGAAUGCGAUGGGCUCAAAUAGCAGAAGCGAUGGUUCAAGCAAAUCAUUAUGCGUCGACAGACCACACACAGACGAUGGCCACUCGCCCGUCGUCGGCCAUGUUUGGGGGCUACCCGCCUCUACCGCCCGUGCCUUUACCUAGGCUCGGCAUGCACGGCCCACACACGGGCACUCUCAACACGGUUACAUCUAGAGCCAACACGUCCGUCCCACACCACAUGUAUGGCUAUACAAACCAUACGUCGGACACGACCAGCUCGGAGGCGUCCAGCCUCGCACAGGACCGCGCUGACCUUCUCGUACCCAGGCCUAAGUCCCGCGCCCGAAGCAUGCAUAAUCAAACCGGCAUUUAUUAUGAUGUGGACUAUGAAAACGCUCCUGAACCCAUAUAUGGUACUAAGGGGAUUCCCCUUUCUACUUACACAGUAAGUCGAGGCCCACCAUUUUAUAGA